AUGUCUCGAUAUAGUUUAAAUUGGAAGUUUAUCGUGUUACUUGCGGGAUUAAUUAUAAUAUUGUGCUUCGUGUCGCAACAUAUUUUUUACACGUAUACUUUAGAUUCUUCAGUACUGAGGGCAAAAAUAUUAAAUAAAUACGUAUAUGAUCAGGAACAGAAUCACGUUAAAUAUAUUUUAUUUUGGACCUCUUUUUUUAAAAUUAAAAAUUGGGGAAUGGAAUCUGAAACCUACUAUCAAGAUUAUCUGGAAUCUAUUAAGUGUCCGGUUACAAAUUGUAUCUUUACGAAUAAUAAAAGAUUGUUAAAUGCAUCUCAUAAAUAUGAUACACUUAUUUUUCAUGGUGCUGAAGCAUGGUUGUCUCUCAACUUACCAGCUACAAGAACUGCAAACCAAAUUUAUAUUAUGGCGACACAAGAAUCUCCAGGAGAAAUCAAACAUUCUUUAAAUAAAGAUCACGACUUUUAUAACCUUACGAUGACAUAUCGCUUAGACUCUGAUGUUGUUUUUGCUUAUGGAAGUACAAUAGAUUUGUCAACAAAUUCUAAAAUUGCACCAGCUGAGCAUGUAAAUUGGAGGAAACCUAAUGAAGAUUUUUAUGAUGAAGAGGUGGAAAAUAUAACUCUAAAGAAAACAAAAACAGCUGCAUGGUUUGUUUCUCACUGUGAAGUUUUUUCUCAACGAGAAAAAUUGGUGAGCGAACUACAAAAGUUUAUUGAUGUUGAUAUUUAUGGAGGCUGUGGAAACCUUACAUGUCCCCAAAAUUCAGAUGCAUGCAUGAAUAUUCUGGAAGCCGACUAUAAGUUUUACUUCUCUUUUGAGAACACAUUGUGUGUCGACUAUGUCACUGAGAAAGUAUUUAAAGUUAUGAAUAGUUAUAUUAUUCCAGUCGUAUACUCAGGAGCUGAAAUGACAAGAUUUAUUCCACCGCAUUCGUUUGUUGAUGCAAAUGAUUUUGAGACUCCGAAAGAUUUAGCAGAUUAUCUUAAAUAUUUAUCAGAUAAUCCAAAAGAGUACAUAAAAUAUUUCUGGUGGAAAAAACAUUACCGUGUUAUCAAUGAAGGGGCAGUUGAUUUCUGCUCUCUUUGCAAGAAACUUCACGAGUUUGAUUCUCUUUCAAAAAGGCAAACUUAUGUUGACAUUCUUCGAUGGUACUUCAACGGGGCUUGUCAUAAACCUAAAAUUAAAUUUGAAUUAAAUUUAUAG